CGACCAGACAUGGAGUACCUCAAGUACAGAUGGCAGCCUACUUCUUGCCAGACACCAAGGUUCAGUGGUAGAAGAUUUUUGGAAAGAUUUAGAGGGAAGCGCAUACUGUUUGUUGGAGACUCACUGAGUAUGAAUCAAUGGCAGUCCCUCACAUGCAUGUUAUACAAAUCAGUGAAAGCCAAAUACACCAUCAACAGGAUUGGAGGCCUCUCCAUAUUCAGCUUUCCAGCAUAUGAUGUUUCAAUCAUGCUGUCCAGAAAUGCAUUUCUAGUAGAUACAGUGCAUAUGAGAAAUGGAAAUAAUGUUCUGAUGCUGGACUCAAUUGAGAAUGGAAGUUACUGGAGGACCUUCGAUGUUAUCAUCUUCAAUACUUGGCAUUGGUGGCUUCAUACUGGAAAAAAACAACCGUGGGCUUUUGUUCGUUAUGGACUCAAUAAUGUACACAGAGAUAUGAAUCGGUUGGCGGCAUAUGAGAAAGCUCUAAAUACAUGGGCAAGAUGGGUGGACUCAAGUGUGGACACUGUUAAAACCAAGAUCUUCUUCCAGGGUGUAUCUCCAGAUCAUUUGAAUUGUUUAGGAGAAACGCAACCAGUGACGGGGACAGAAUAUCCAGGAGGUUCACAUCCAGCAGAAGUUGUUUUAGAAAGGGUAUUGAGAAGAAUAUCGAAACCAGUUCACUUGCUAAACAUCACAAGGCUUUCGCAACUAAGAAAAGACAGUCACCCUUCAGCUUAUGGCUUUGGUGGCAACCGUGGCAUGGAUUGUACCCACUGGUGUCUUCCCGGUGUUCCGGAUACCUGGAACCAACUUCUAUUUGCAGCACUCUUCCAGGGCUCCUGACUAUUCUCUUUUUCUUUAUAUUCUUCGGUGAAAGAAUCGAUUGUAUCGUUGGUAACUGUCAUUGAAUAACAGUGUUUUCCUCUUUGAAAGCACUA